AUGGAGGACGGAGAUUUAGAGGACUGGGAGCUGGUCGACAGCGCUGAGGCUAGGGCCCAACAGGAGAAGGCCCGUAGCCUGCACCACAAGAAGUGCGAGCAGGAGCAUCGUCAGGCCGCAGAAGCGCACCGAGCCCUCAUCAAUGCACAGCAGGCGGCAGAGCUGGGCAAGCUAAGAGCCAAUGAAGCGUGCAUCGACGAUGUCCAUCGGGUCUGUUGCAUUCCAGGCACUGCCGCAAGUAUUGUCGGAAUUCUUCUGGAAACUCCUCUUGUUAUUCGUACGAAAACGGAGCACCGCUUCGGAGAUGGGCAGAAUAUUAUCAUUACUGGCCUCUCUUUGAAGACUGGUGCGCCGCAUUCUGCUUCUUCUUUUCUUUGCGAGCUCAGCCGAGACCACGUCGCACGCUACGUGGACGAGUGCAGACUGUCGCUACCAGGAACUGCCAAAUGCCCGUGUGAACCAGAGGAAGUUGAGCAGUUUAUUUGCCUUGACCACGCGGAAGUCAAGCUGUCCAUCUCUUCAUGGGGUAUGGGGCGCACACCAAUCACCCACAGCGCUUUGCAAGCCAUAGCGCAAACUGCAAAGGCUUCGGGACUGGGCUGUGCAAUUGAAACUGCUCUGGCGACCGUCCGAACUGCCUGUGGGGGUCUCCAGCACUGUGCAGAGGCCUUGGCAGGACACCUCGAGCAUAGGCAGCGAUUGACAGAAGACGGUGGUUCGGAUGCUCUGAUACAAAUCUCCUCGGCCCUCAAGAACGUGAGCGGAGCCAGUGUUCCUGUACUGGAGGUGAGCGCAAAACACCAGUGGGAUAUUCUUCGCGAAGCUGUGCAGCCUGAUCACUGGAUCUCAUCUCGAACAUGCCAUGAAUGUAUGGAAUGCUUCAGGCCGCUGCGGAGCCUUCGUGUGGAGAGGGAAAUCCGAGAGGAUUCGGACGGUGCAGAUGGAGCAGACUGGAGCUCAGCUCACCACUGCCGUCACUGCGGCCGAGUGGUCUGCCACAACUGCGCAGUGGUCCGUGAGUGCGUCCCUUGGCGUGGUGAGUUCCAGCCCGUGCUUGUGUGCAAGCCCUGCAAACCCGUGGUGCUCUUGAGAAACCUUUGUCUCCAACACCUGCAGAGCUUCAACGCUCAGAUCGAACUGGUGGCCGCUGGCCUCAGCCCACCUGCGGAGCCGACGAAAGGAAGGGGGAAAGGACUGAAAGGACCCCCGCCCAUCCCGCCCCCACCACUCAAGGGCAAGGGCAAGGGUCGAGGGACUCUCCAGAUCACCGGGGACGCAACGCGUGGCCGCGGCUUGGGAGCUUUGGGCGAGGACAUCAAGGAUCAACUCAGUGAGCUGGCAGAUUUCGUGGUGGUUCCUGCCGGCGUCUCCGCCAGGCCCAGGGCAGCCAUCAGCAAACCCAAGGAGGUGAUCAUCUUGACCAAGCACGAGAGCUUGAAAUGGCACGUGGCAAGCAAAGGCUACCGUCCCCAUCUUGCGGAGAUUCUGCGGUGCCUGAGAAGUCUUGAGCUCCAGGAUGGCUCCAGCACGGACGUCUGGUUUGAUGCCCUGGAGCAGAUCCUUCCACUCGAAGAAAAGCUCUCGGAGGAAACCAUCGAAAAGCUCCAGGCUGUGAAGCCUCAAGACGAAGAAAAGUUACGGGAAUAUGAACAGCACAUCCGUUUGCUUCUUGCCGUGCCCGAGCUGCCAAUGCGUUGGCGCACUCUGCGACUUCUACGUGACCUGAGAAGCGAGCAGGACGGAUUCAUCUCCAAGUGUGCUGCCAUUCAAGCAGCCUGUGCUGCCCCACUCGUCUGCAGUACAGACGGCACCUGGGUGCUCCGGAGCGAGGUCAAGAACGUCAUCGCCGCGCUACACCACGGGAUCCAGCCGAGCUGCGAGAGGUUGCAGGAGCUCGUCUCACGGACCCAGGUUGGCAGUGGCAAGCUGUUGCUGAGAAAGCUGUGGCAAGCAGGAGAGAGGCAUCAGUACAAGGACUUUGACACAAGAGGAUUUGUGAACACGUUGGCACCUGUGCUUCUGGAGGGAGACGCAGCAUGCGCUAUGCAAGAGCUGCUCCAGCGCUUCUUGGAUCUGCGCAAACGCCAUGCCGAGCUCUUGUCCAGCUGCCCGAUGGAAGAACUGGCACAUCAGGACUUGCGGGUGGCCUUGGAUAGCAUGAUGCUGACUUUCCAAGACCUCGAAGCACAGAUGAUCCGGUGCUUGGAGCUUGGUGGUCGAUGUCUAGUCGCAUUGGGGCAGUGGUACGAAGCCAAGCCCGUGAAGAGCCUCGCUGAGUCCACGGUCCUUGCCCGGGCCAUGGAUCAGAACCUGCAGAGCCUGAAGAAUCUGACACGCGGCUUGCAGGACGCUCAACCUCACGAUGUCAAGCUGACAACAGCCGCUAAAGCUCGCAGCAGAUCGAGAGCGUUGCGGAUCCAGCUCGGAGGAGACUUGCGACAGUCCAAGGGCAGAAAGGACGACGAGAAGGAAGUGAAGCGCACACUUGGUUUUGUAGUUCUUCGAGGUGAGACAAUUGUGUCGCUGAUGGCAGAGGCACCCCCUCCUUCUGGCCCCAAGAAGCCGGACAUCCAGCCCGGACCUGGCCGUGGGCAGGUAGCUGGACGUGGAAUGCCGGCUGCGCCACUCAGCUCAGCUCCGGCUGGCCUUGCGGGACCAGUUCGUGGCGUGGGUGGACCCGCGGCGAUCCAGAUGCAGCCGAAAGCCGGAGCAGCUUUGCCAGCUCCCGGUGGAGCCCCGCCUGGAAUGCCUCCAGGGUUCCCAGCCAGGCCACCUGGAAUGCCGGGAAUGGUCCCCCCUGGAAUGCCGGGCAUGCCUCCCGGUAUGCCUCCUGGUAUGCCAGGCAUGGGCCGCGGCAUGCCGCCCAUGGGCCUGGAACGUCUUGACCAGAUCAAGCCACUGCUGCUCCUGCCUUGCCAAGUGGCUGGUUGCAUUGAUCGUCCAGUUCUUCUUGUGCCGCGGGGGCAGUGCCCUGUAGUUUCGAUCAGCAUGGACUUGAGGCCACCGCCUCCCCCCAUGGGCAUGAGCUUAGCCCAGCAAGCGCAGCAGCUCCAGAGCGCCAAGUUCAUGCCCGCCCCGAAGCUGCCUAUUAACAUGGGUGGCUCGCCGCAAAUGGGAGGUAUGGGGCAGCAACCUUGGCAGGGCGGAAUGCCAGGCGGACUCGGUGUCGGAGGAAUGCAAACGCAGCCAAUGUCCAACGGUUUGCAGCAAUCCAACAUGGGAAUGAAAGGUGGGAUGCGGCCGAACUGGGGCAGUAUGCCACCGCAGCAGCAGUUUGGGCCGGGCAUGCAGCAGAACUUUUCUCAGCCGCAGAUGUUCCCGCAGCCGCAGCAGCCAGUUGGCAUCAGAGGCUCCUCAGCGGGCUCGCCAGGUGGAUUGCAGCGACAGAACAGCUACGGAAAUCAGGGCGGCGGACCAGGAGUGGGCAGUGGUCUUUCGAGCAGCCCAGGUAUCAGCCAGCCGCAGGUUGUUCCGCCUCCCCCUGGCGGACCUCCACCUGGCAUGCAGUAUGGACAAUUUGGCCUGCCUGGUUCAGCCCCAGGUCAGCAACGGUCGCGAGCGGGAGCACCCCCUCCGCCACCGCCUCAUCCGAACUGGAAGCCUGGUCAACCACCACCACCUCCGGGUCCUGGUCCACCAGAGCGAAAACCGGGAGGUACGCUUGAGGCAGCCUUGGCUGCAGCGGCAGCACUUGGUGCGGCUGCACCUGGCAUGAUGGAGGCGACUUCUGCAAUUGACUUCACUGCGAAGUUGGAGGACUUGAGAAGAAAGCAUCCACAGGUAAAGGUGCCAUCGGAUGCAUUUACCUGGAAGCCGGAAGAGUUAGAGGCCUGGUUUGCAAGCGGUGGUACCUCCAAGACUGCACCGGCACCUGCGCCCGCCGCCCCGGCGCCACCUGCCGAAGCACAGACGCCGAAGAAGCGUUCGCAUAGCAAGGCCUUCGGCUACGAGGUUGAGGAGGCACUGCAGUUACAGCAGCAGCUGCUCACCGGUUUUUCGGAUCCCGAGUUCCAGGAGAACCUGAAGAAGCUGCAAGCCCAGUACCCGGAGCGCAAGACCAAGGGCCACUACGACAGCAUGUCCUAUUUCGAGGCCUUCAAUGCGCUGGCACAUAGUGUCUAUGCGAAGGUUCUCCCAGAUUGGAAGCUGGCGCCAAACUGGGAUGGCGUAAGGGAGAUGAUCAACAAGAUGUCGGACGCACUGCUACAUCCCAAGGUCAAAAAAGUGCAGGAAGAGAUUAACAUGAUGAUGGGACUGCCAAGAAAUGCUCAGUUCGUGCCGCCCUCCAAGGGAUCCGAGCUGUUCCUCUACAGGCCCGAUGGCGAUGCGCCAGUCGCAAGAUCUUCGUUACCUUUGUUUCAGGAUGAGGAUGGCGACGAGGCGCACGAGUUCCUGAUUGAAGAUCAGGACUCCGGCGAGCUGAAGGUCCAAACUUCCAGUCUGAAGCAGGAGAUGUGGUACGUUGUUGUCCACAAGCCUGCAGUCAUGAUUCGAGAACAGCCUGACGAGAAGGCCAAGAUGGUUGGCCGCAAGAAGGCUGGCAAAAGGCUGAAGGUUCAGCAUGUGAAGGAUGGUAAGUGGUUGCAGCUGGACAAUUCCGAGCUGGUGAAGCUUGGCGUCCAGGAGGCAUGGGUCUUGAUGGACCCAGUCGAAGCAGGGCUACCUGCCGGUCAACCUUUGCUGGAAAAAGUGGCAGCAUGA